AUGAAGCUUUCCACCAUCAUCCUUGUGACAUCCUCAGUUCUUCUCUCUGGUGCAGCUGCCACCCCAUGUGAUUCUGCUGAGAUCUGUCGGAGACAAUGCUGGCGCAACCAGCGUCAAUGCGAAAAGGGCUGGUACGCCAAGAAGCUGAGAAAUAAAUGUUGGACUUGCUGCCGGAAGAGCAAAGUCGACUAUGUUGACGACGACUACGAUCAUGAUUAUGAUUAUGAGGAGUUUGACUGGGUGUAA